UCAAGAAAAUAAAUAAUAAAUCGAAUAAAUGCUCUGCACAUUCGCCUCUUAUUCACUGUUCAUUUCUGCGUCUUCAGGCCUCUUCAUCAGAGCCUGAAAUUUCAGAGUUAUAUGGGAUUUUGCUGCUCUAGUUUUGGAGGAAAGCUUCACUUAUUUCUGGUACAUUUCUUCUUUACUCUAACGAAGAAAAUGGUUAAUUAAGCAAGCAUGGAGAAAAUCUGCAUUUUAGUGAUACAGCAUAAAAGAAGCAGCACCUGGCUUCAAAUUUAAUGAGUCCCAAAUCGAGUCAACUUUGAUGAGAGCAAGCAUAUACAAUGUCGCAGCAAUCACAUCUCCCUCCAAGGAGUCCACUCUUAACCAGAGCUUCACCUUUUACUGGUUCAGAUUCCUUGUUUUCUCCAAAUCAGAAGAGCAGCGAGGCAUUUAUAAGACACCAGAGAUCUCCAUCUCAGAGCUCUGCAAUAGAACAACCUCCGUCAUGGCUUGAUGAGCUCUUAAUUGACUCUGAAACUUCGGUUAAAGGUUUCUUCCAUAGACGUUCUUCUAGUGAUUCAGCUGCUUUCAUGGGUGGCCCCUGUGAUUUUCCAAAGCUUCUCUCACUAGCUGAAGAAGAAGACGCAAUUUAUAGUGAAGUGGGUUUAUGGCCAAAUGGCUCUAGAGACCAGGCUUGUUUUGAUAGAGGGGAAAAUGCGCUAUCUUUAUCAUGUGAAUUAUUGAGCUCUCUCAGAGAGAAAACUAAGAAGAAUGAAGCUUUAACUAAGAAGAAUGAAGCUUUGCAUGACUUAGACUUGGCUUGUGUAUAUGGCCCUAAUUCUCCAAGAUUGAAACCUAAUAUUCUGAACUCAGAGGUUUCGGUGGCACCUUCAUUUUCAGAUGAGUGUGUUGCUCAAAGAAAUGAGUUACAUGGGGCAGACAAUUUCCGUAAUUUGGACUCUGAAAAUUCUCAUGGGGCUUCUUGUGCUCAUGACACUCGGCUGAAGGGACCGAGAAGGCAUCCUGGGCAGCGUUCUCGGGUUCGUAAGCUUCAAUACAUCGCCGAACUUGAAAGAACUGUCAAUGCCUUUGAGACUUUGAAGUCGGAGUUCGCAGCAAAGGCUUCUUCUCUAUUUCGCCAGCGAGUUCUAUUGACAAUUGAGAACAACACACUCAAGCGGAAGAUAAUCAACCACCAGCAAAUGAUAAUGAUCAAGGAUUGUCAGCAUCAAUCUCUGAAGAAGGAAGUUCAGAGGUUAAAGAUGGUUCAUAGAGUUGAGCCAGAAAAUAGCAGCUCUUCAUCUCACUCUAGUGACAACCAAACUAAAGCAGCGGCUCAUGAUAUCAGUUGGCAACUCUUGGAGAUGGGCAAGCUCAGUCUUGGUGGAAAUCCUAUCCCCUUAAAACUCGGUUUCAGAAGCUAACCAGCUCGUAAAAAUAUUUUGUCCGUUUAGCUCUCAUUGUAAAUGUUUAAAAACUACACCAUCUCAUUGCAAUGUUUUGUGAAGGGUGAGUUUGGAGUUCCUUUCCUGUAUCCUCUUGCUUUUUUUAUGUUGUUCAAGGUAUUGAUUUCUCCCUCCAUAUUCCUAUAUUUGUGCAGUGCUCUUUCUCGAACUUUAUGGUAGGUGUAUAGCUUGUCA